CUAUAUAUUUCUCUCUGGGCUUUUUGCAAGUCUAAAUACUUCACAUCCCCCAACUGUACUUACUCCCUUCCUUACAGGUUUCAGUUACAAUUUUAUAAUAAUAAUUGUUACAUAUAUAUUCAAUUCAUUUUAUUGUUAUCAAUUUUGCCCUAGUUUUGUAAUUUUCACUUUAGGGUUCCAAUUACAAUAAUGAAUAACUCACUUAGUGCUCCUGUUACAAACCCUAGAUGUAUGUGUAUGUCUAUAUGAUACUUGUAUGAUUGUAAUUGAUAAUAAUGAGGGAAACUGAAAUAAUACCUAAUUGGCUUAAGAAACUGCCAUUAGCACCUGUAUUUUACCCGACCGAUACUGAAUUCGCAGACCCGAUUGCUUAUAUUUCCAAGAUUGAAAAACAAGCUAGUGCCUUUGGUAUAUGUAAAGUAGUCCCGCCGUUGCCAAAACCGUCGAAAAAAUAUGUGUUUGGUAAUCUAAAUAAGUCCCUGUUGAAGUGCCCGGAAUUAGGGAAUGGUGUGAAGUUAAAUAAUGUGGGGAAUGUAAAUAAUGGGGAGGUUCGGGCUGUGUUUACUACACGGCAGCAAGAAUUGGGUUGUGGUAGUGGGAAAGGAAAUAAAGAGAGUGGGGAAGGGUUGUGUCAACCUGCUAUGCCUGUGGUUAAUAAGCAAGUAUGGCAGAGUGGGGAAAUAUAUACGUUAGAUCAGUUUGAAUCUAAAUCCAAGACUUUUGCUCGGGAUCAGUUGGGUAUAGGAAAAGAAGUUUCUCCAUUGGAUGUCGAGUCUCGUUUUUGGAAGGCGGCGUCUGAGAAACCUAUAUACAUUGAGUAUGCUAAUGAUGUACCAGGUUCAGGAUUUGGUGAACCAGUGGACUUGUCUAGUUUUUUGCGUAGACAUAGGAGGAGGAGGAGAUUUAAUAGGUAUAGUAAAGAUUCUUCUGAUACAAGGGACCAACUAGACAAUAAAACAAACAGUUGUGACGAACAGAAAGGUGAAUCUAUAAAGUGCAGUUCUAGUUCUUCAGUGGAUAUGUUAAAGAAAGAUAGGAGGUCACAGAAUAAUUUGUCAGAUCCUGUUCCCGGGAAAAGGGGUUCAGAUGAUGGUCAUGAGAUUGAAGGUUCUUCUGGAUGGAAGCUUUCCAAUUGUCCUUGGAAUUUACAAGUAAUUGCACGAUCACCUGGAUCUCUUACACGUUUCAUGCCAGAUGAUAUUCCGGGUGUCACAUCUCCCAUGGUAUAUAUUGGCAUGUUGUUCAGCUGGUUUGCAUGGCAUGUUGAAGAUCAUGAGCUUCAUAGCUUAAAUUUCUUGCACAUUGGUGCCCCCAAGACUUGGUAUGCAGUCCCUGCAGAUUAUGCAUACACAUUUGAGGAAGUAAUCCGUUCAAAGGCUUAUGGUGGUGGCAUGGAUCGGUUGGCCGCACUAAGACUCUUGGGCGAAAAGACUACACUCCUAUCACCCGAGAUUGUUGUUGAAUCUGGCAUUCCAUGUUGUAGGUUAGUGCAGCACCCUGGUGAAUUUGUAGUGACUUUUCCGAGGGCUUACCACAUAGGCUUUAGCCACGGUUUUAAUUGCGGGGAAGCUGCUAAUUUUGGAACACCAGAAUGGCUCUCAUUAGCUAAGGAAGCUGCAGUGCGCAGAGCUGUCAUGAAUUUUCUUCCAAUGCUUUCACAUCAACAAUUGCUUUACCUAUUGACAAUGUCAUUUAUUCCAAGAGUGCCUAGAUCCUUGCUACCGGGAAUACGAAGCUCUCGAUUAAAAGACCGCCAGAGAGAAGAGAGAGAACUUUUGGUGAAGAAGGAAUUCAUUGAAGACAUGCGUAAAGAAAGCAAUUUGUUGAAUAGUAUUCUUCAAAGAAAUUCCUCUUACCGUGCCGUCCUAUGGGAUCUGGAAUCUUUAUCACCCUCUGUUAUUAGAGAGUUUGACUCUAUGAAUAUCGGAAAUGUUCAUGUUAAUGAAGACAAUGAUUUGGAUACUGAGACACUUCGUAUAGAGGAUGAGGACAUGUCGAGUGAUUUUCAAAUUGAUUCCGGGACGCUACCAUGUGUGGCUUGUGGUGUUCUUGGUUAUCCUUUCAUGUCUAUUAUGCAACCAUCAGAAAAGGCAAUUCCUGAUACGAUGCCUCUCAUGGGUCAUGGUGCUGUUCAGGGCCAUCAGGCCAAAACUGAAUUAGUUAACGGCAAGGAUCUGUCACUUGAUGCUUCAACGUGUUCAUCUAAACAGAAUGUUGAGAUAGGGUGGAACAUGUCUAAUGGGUAUUUAAGACCCCGGAUAUUCUGUUUAGAGCAUGCAGGUAAAGUUGAAGAGAUGUUGGAAUCUAUGGGUGGAGCAAAACUGCUUAUAUUAUGCCAUUCAGAUUUUCAGAAAAUUAAAGCACCGGCUUCAACCAUUGCAGAGCAGAUCGGUAGCACGUUCAAAUACAACGAGGUGCAUUUAUGUGAUGCAACCCGUGGUGAUUUGGAUCUCAUAAAUCUUGCGAUUGACAAUGAGCAAGAAGAUGAAUCUGUAGAAGACUGGACUCUAAAAUUGAAUGUUAAUCUUCGACAAUCUAUUAGACUAAGGCCUAAAUUAGCAGGUGGCAAGAUACAUGCUAUAACUAUGGAUGCAUUAUUUUCUGAUCCGAAUCCCGUCUCAAGUGUUGUCUCGCAUACCAUGGUUUAUCAAUGGCAAACUACAAAAUCUCGUUCAAAGAGAAAGGUGAACAGUUCAAUUAAUAUAUUGUCAAAGGUGAUUUCUAAAACUAAAGAUGAGGAGUUAAAAGAGAAGCUAUUUGAAGCUCAAAUUGCUAAAAAAGAAGGGAGAUUAAUUCAGUAUUCAAGAAGAAGGUUUAGAUCAAAGCAGCAUGAUUCGGUAAUAGCGAUUCCUGAAAAAACUGAUAUUCAGCGUGAAGGACAGGUCAUUCAAGAGGAUUCACUUCUAUCCCAUGUGGAAGUUCUUGCAACUCCAGUGGUUGAUGAUGCCAAAGCUCACACUUUUAUGGAUAUUGAGGGAGUUUCGGUGUCAUGUGCUACCACUAUUCUAAGUUCUGAAAAUAAAGGUGGUGAUAUAUAUACCGAGGAAAUCUGCACGCAAAAUGAUACUAGUUCUGUGGCAACCAAAAACUAUUCUGUAGAUGAAGGGAAUGAAGAUGAUUUGAUGCAAGAAGGCUCUGGAUUGACCAAGUUUGGUGGGUUAUCCGCUGAUAAACCUGUUACUGAUUCAAGUAUCAGGUUAGAGAAAGGUCAGACUACUGAUGUGAAGGAUGAAUAUAAGACCAUCUCAAGAUUAGCAAGUGGAAGCAAGAGGAAGAGAGAGCUGGAUUUGUUGCAAAGAGAGGAAAAAUGUAAUCUUGAUGGAUUUAUAAAAAGCCCAUGUGAAGGAUUGAGACCUAGAGGUGGAAAAGAUGUCCAUAUAUGUAAAGACGAAGUUUUUAUCAUGACGAAGACGAUCCCAGAAAAACCCACAAAGAAAGCAAACACUUCAAUUGUCACAGAAAAAUCCGUAAAGAGAUCAAAGGCUUCCAGUGUCAAAUUCCUGGAUAAAGAUCAACAAAAGUCCCACAAGUGUGAUCAUGAAGGUUGCAAAAUGAGUUUCAAAACCAACACUGAGCUAAGUUUGCACCGAAAGAACAGGUGCCCUCAUGAAGGGUGUGGAAAGAAGUUCAGUACACACAGAUAUGCAGUGAUCCAUUUACGGGUCCAUGAGGACAACAGGCCAUUAAAAUGCACUUGGAAAGGUUGCAAGAUGACAUUUAAGUGGGCCUGGGCUCGGACCGAGCAUAUACGGGUCCACACUGGCGAGAGACCAUACAAAUGCAAAGUUGAUGGGUGUGGGCUUACUUUCAGGUUUGUUUCUGACUUUAGCCGACACAGAAGAAAAACAGGGCAUAAUGUACAUGUGAAGUCCUGAAGGUUGUUUGUUCUAAUAAGGGUAGUUUCAUAAAUCAAGAUUUGUGAAAUAAGGGUAAAGGGUGGUAGGUUUAUUGGGAACGAAACAGAAGUGAAAAGUCGUGUGCAAGUUAGUGUAACUUUUUUGUAUGACUUUUAUUGCUAAAAUUAGGGUUAGACUAGUAAAUUGUGUAGCUAGGGAUUAUUCUGGUUAACUUGAUUUAUUUAGCAGUUCAGACUUUAGAUUCUUUUUGUUGAAUUGUUUCCGGUACAGUUUCAUAUGCUGAUUUUGUAUUUUUGUGAAAUUCCUGAUAAUGGUAGGGUUCAUUUUUUAUUUUA